AUGAACCUCGAAGCCGGUGAAGUCAAGCUGUUGCGUCACAAUGAGGAACCUCGUUGCGGUGGUCGAUUUGGAGUUGUGUGGAGACUUGUCGUAGUUGUCAUGGUUAGCGCUUUUUUCGUGGUAACUCAAUGUACCAACUACACCCACCACUUUCACGCCCACAUUGCCAAGCACCGUAUUCUUCGCAACUUGCAAGAACAGCCAGCACUUCGAUUCACUUUUGAACUUAAACGCAAGGCCAUGUAUGUCCAUGGUGCCUCAACAUUUGACGUUGUUGCGAUUCCUGCACCAAAACGUUCAGCUGAUGACAAAAGUAUGGAGUACAACGGGAUAGCGUCGUUUGAGAAGGAUGGACAUUUGCACGUGUAUUCUCUCGUGAAUGGCACGGCGUACUACACACGGUAUCAGAAUAACGAAAUAGUAUCGGACACGGAAACAGGAUGUCUUCCUUCAGGCAUCGUUCCGCCUAUUGGGAGUGUCCUGAAUGCCAUUGAGACCGCUACUACUGCAACCAAGUCUCGUGUCUCGAACGAUAAGUGUCCAAAUGGAUCCGUAAUGGUGUUUCAGUUUGCUGGUGAGGACUUUGUCCUGUGCUCGCGUCAAUCGAGCUGGUCAUGGCUUCAAGACGACGGCUUUCAGAUUUUUGGCAAAGACCUGAACAUUGGUGUCAAGUCUGAGCAGUCCGCACCGAUCAUUGUGCCUCUACCCGUGUCGACAGAUAACUUGAAAACAUGCGGAAAAGUUCCGUUUGGUGAUCAUAUCCCUCCAUCACUGACGUCAAUGCUAACUCGGUCGUUUUUUGAGUGGAGCCACCGUUCUCUUCGCGCUGCGAAAGCCGAAUUUGAUCUCUUUGGCAAAGCUUGGGACUUUAUCACCAAUGACGCUUUCGACUUUGUUUCAGAUGAAGCUUGUGGCUGCAAAGGUAUCAAGCGACCGUGUGUGUUCAUUGUUGGUUUGACUUCGCACAAGGACCAUGGUCUGACCAAUGACGACAAGUAUAAAUACUUUGGAGAUGAACUUGAUGAGCACACACCGUGCUGCUCGCGCAGGCAGUACAUUUCGCUGAAUGCGAAGGAGCAUCAUUGGAAUUCAACCUGGUUCCAGCAAAGCUUGGUCGAUAUGAUAUUACAAGUGAGUAGUACGAGCGAUAAAGGUAAAAGAACCGUCAAGGACACGAUUAUUAUCGCUCACUCAAUGGCUAACCUCAUCCUGAGCGGAGCCAUUGCUAACAAAAAGGUUAUCCUUGACCCAUCCACAUCUUGGGUGGCUUCGAGCGCCCCUAUGACGGGCAGCAUGGGUGCGAACUAUAUUCAGGACAAGUGUAGCAGUGGACGUGGCAUUGUUAGCAAAAUCAUUGACUUGCUGGGCAAAUGCCCAGUAAACGCUGGCCAGAAGUCGCUCUUUUACAAGCAUUCGGAUCACUCGUGCAAGCAGUUGGAUGAUUCAUACAUUGCCGCGCAAGCUGCAUACAAAGCCCAUGUGACGGGUGUCAUUUGCAGCAGGAGUUUUACGGGCUUGGUUAGUACGAGGUUGGCACUCUAUGCUCUUGCAGGCGAGAUUUUACCACACCACUCUCGUGAAAACGACGGCAUUGUCGAAUAUGAAAGUUGCGCAGGUGGUCUCCCGUUUGACACUUUCCAGUCGACAUACAAAAGUUCGCGCUAUAUAAGUGAGCUUAAUCACGUGGAUACGUCGUUCCGGAAUGGCGAUGGCUUGUUCGGUGAUUCGAAAAAACCCUUGAAGUGGCUGGAAUGUCUUUUGUAA